AUGAAUAUCAGCAUAUCAAAGUUUGCGUCAUUUCUGAUAGCCACCGACCUGCUGGGCGGAGCUUUUCAGGCAGAGACAUUCGACUACGUUGUCGUUGGCGGAGGAACAGCUGGCGUAACCCUGGCGGUUCGUCUUGCAGAAGCCUCGCAUAGUGUCGCUCUCAUAGAAGCCGGGACAUACUACGAAGACAGCUGGCCGUUCGCUGCUAUUCCCGGCGCAGAUGUCAUCCCUGUGGGAUCAGAUCCUGAUGCCAAGUUUGGUGCGGAUUGGGGGUUUGUCACAGCACCGCAAGCUGGUGCAGAUGGGCGCAGGAUACAUUUUGCGAGGGGAAAGUGUGUAGGGGAUCUGCACACCCAGCGCCUCGCAAAGCGGAUCCUCUUCGAUGAGCACAAGAGCGCAAUUGGCGUAGAAGUAGCAAACGGCUUUGGUUACCUUUCAAACAUAACGGCAUCCAGGGAGGUCAUCAUCUCGGCCGGCGCUUUCCAAUAUCCCCAGCUCCUUAUGGUCUCUGGUAUUGGACCUGCGGAGCAGCUGGCGAAACAUGGGAUUGAGGUUAUAUCUGACUUGCAAGUCGGACAAAAUAUGUGGGAUCACCCCUUCUUUGCGCUGAGCUACCGGGUAAAUGUAGAAACGCUUACCAGGGCCGCCAACGACCUCCUCUACCUCGGUACCACCUUCCUCGACUAUACGACGAAGCAUACGGGGCCCUUGACGAAUCCUGUUGCUGAUUUCAUUGCGUUUGAGAAGAUUCCUUCGUCUCACCGUACGGCUUUCUCGGCUGAGACAGAGAAGCAUCUUGCGGGAUUCCCGGAGGAUUGGCCUGAGGUUGAGACUGAAGCCAUCCAGUACAUGUCCGGCGCAGGAUACUUCCGACCCCCCGUCAUUAAUCCUAACUGGCUAGCAACGGAAGCGGAUCAAGAGGCCGCAAUCGCCAUCUUCAAGUGCAUCCGUGACAUCUUCGCCAGUGACGGGAUGGCUCCCGUGAUUCUAGGCGACGAGUAUUAUCCGGGUAAUGGGACGCAAGCUGAUGCGGAGAUCCUUCGGUUCAUCCAGAAGAAUGUUAUGACACUUUGGCAUCCAUCUUGUACGAAUAAGAUGGGGACGAAGGAUGAUCCGUCUGCCGUUCUUGAUAGUAAGGCGAGGGUGUUUGGGGUCGGGGGGCUUAGGGUUGCGAAUGCGAGUUCAUUUCCGUUUCUGCCGCCAGGGCACCCGCAGAGUACAGUUUUUAAGCAAUUGUACUACUGUUUCUACACUGCUGUUGGAAAUCUGGGCGGAUUGAAUAUCUAUAAUCGUUCCAUGAAUCCGUUCCUGGGGUGUGGGAUGAGGAAAGCUUCAAACUAUAAUAUCAAUUUGCCAAAGGACUCAAGUUCGGCUGCCCGUUCCUACAGUUUUGAAUGGGCGCGGGCCAUUUUUUUUCUGGAACAAGCGUGCCAGAUAAUGGCACAGAAGUACCGCAUCGCCUACUUGAUGACUCUCUUCAACACAGCGUCUAGAGGCCGGUUGGGGCCAGCAUAA